AUGCGGCUUUUACAGCGCGACGACACGGGCAAAUAUAACCUCACCCCAGACCUCCCUGCCGGGGAUGUACCCCCUUACGCGAUCCUUUCCCACACAUGGGGAGCAAACGAGGUAGUCUUCGGCGACCUAGCGAGACCAGAAGACGAAUGGCAGCACAAACCCGGCUACGAAAAAAUCGAGUUCUGUGCUAAGCAAGCGAGACGGCAUGGCAUACAGUACUUCUGGGUGGACACUUGUUGUAUCGACAAGUCUGAUAGCAUCGAGCUACAGACUGCGAUCAAUAGCAUGUUCCGAUGGUAUCGCGAUGCGAAACGAUGUUACGUCUAUCUCGCAGAUGUCUCCAGGACUGUAGUAUCCGGUCCACAACAAACCACGACGCCUUGGGAGGCGGACUUUCGAAACAGCAAAUGGUUUACUCGUGGUUGGACACUUCAGGAGCUCAUCGCGCCGAAGACAGUCGAUUUCUACUCGAAGGAAGGGUUCUGGCUAGGUGACAAAAGAUCUCUGGAGCUCCAAAUCUGCGAUGUUACCAAUGUUCCUAUAAAGCCUCUCCGAGGUGCCUCGUUAUCCGACUUUACGGUCUCGGAGCGAGAGGCAUGGGCUGUUAAUCGUCAAACAAAAUAUGAAGAGGACAUGGCGUAUUCACUUUUAGGGAUCUUUGACGUGUACAUGCCACUUAUUUAUGGCGAAGGGCGAGAAAACGCACGAAAGCGGCUACGAGAGGAGGUCCAAAAGGCUACUCAGGGAAAUCAAAGGGAAGGUUUCUCCAUUACUCUUAGUCUGUCCGACGUUCCCGAAAUACAACACUUCGUCGCGAGAGAGGGUGAAUUAGCAGAGAUGCGCAGAACACUAAGCUCGGACGGAAGCCGCCGCAUCGUGACCCUCCAUGGCCUCGGCGGCAUUGGUAAAACACAGCUCGCCGUCGCAUACACCAAACGGUAUCGAAAUGAGUAUUCCGCCAUAUUCUGGUUCAAUUUCAAGGACGAAGCCUCAAUACAACAGAGCUUUAGCAGAGUCGCAAGGCAAAUUUUACAACAACAUCCUAAUGCGAGCCAUUUGAGUGGACUAGACCCUCAACAGAACGCCGAAGAGGUAGUCGAAGCCGUUAAGGCGUGGUUAAGUCUACCGGGCAACAAUAGGUGGCUUCUCGUAUACGAUAACUAUGACAAUCCGAAAUUAGCCGAUCGCACGGACCAUGGUGGGAUCGAUAUUAAGCGCUUCCUCCCUAUAGCGUACCAAGGCUCGAUUAUUAUUACAUCACGGUUAUCACAGAUCAAUAUUGGUUUUUCGAUUCGAACGAAGAAGCUUGAGUCGAUAAACGACGGCCUGGAAAUCCUCUCAACGACUUCAGGUCGAGCUAACUUACAAGAUGAUAUCGAUGCCAGAAAGCUCGUAAAGGAACUUGAUGGACUUCCUCUUGCCCUUGCCACGGCCGGCGCAUAUUUAAGGCGCGUUGCAAUCGGUCUCGAUGAUUAUCUUCGCAUAUACAAAGAAUCAUGGGCAAGGCUUCACGUAAGCACGCCAAGCCUUGGUUCAUACCAAGACCGUACACUCUGCUCGACGUGGCAGCUCUCAUAUGAACAAGUCCAGAAGCAAAACUCUCUCGCAGCUCAUUUACUACGAUGGUGGGCAUAUUUUGAUAACGAAGACAUAUGGUUUGAACUUCUUCAGCCUAAUGGUAUGGACGAUAGGGAAGCGUGGACAUAUGAGCUGACCGACGAGCUGAAAUUUAACAGCGCUAUGGGCACACUGCAUGACUACGGGUUCGUCGAGCUACACAUCAUAACUCCAGAUCUAGUUGAGUCAAGGGGAUACAGCAUUCAUAGCUGCGUACACGCUUGGACCAUUCACAUAGUCAAUAAAGACCGGGAUGACGAGGCUCAGUUCUGGCUACUUCAAAGACGGCUUCUAUCACAUGCGAUCCGAUCUUGCGCUACGAUUCAAGGUAGCGAGCAAGACUUAGCAUGGGCAUUUUAUGAACUGGGCUACCUUUACGCUAACCAAGGCAAGCUGGUCGAGGCCGAGGAGAUGUAUCUACGGGCGCUUCGAGGGUACGAGAAGGCGUGGGGACCGGAUCACACGUCAACAUUCGACACGCUGGUCGAGGCCGAGGAGAUGUAUCUGCGGGCGCUUCGAGGGUACGAGAAGGCGUGGGGACCGGAUCACACGUCAACACUUAACACGGUCAACAACCUAGGUCUCCUUUACGCUGACCAAGGCAAGCUAGUCGAGGCCGAGGAGAUGUAUCUACGGGCGCUUCGAGGGAAGGAGAAGGCGUGGGGACCGGAUCACACGUCAACACUCGACACGGUCAACAACCUAGGUCUCCUCUACGCUGACCAAGGCAAGCUAGUCGAGGCCGAGGAGAUGUAUCUACGGGCGCUUCGAGGGUACGAGAAGGCACAAGCUGGUCGAGGCCGAGGAGAUGUAUCUACGGGCGCUUCGAGGGUACGAAAAGGCCAUGUGUCCCCGGAAUAUUAUAAGGUAUCGACCAGCGAUCGAUACUCUAUGGUGUCUGGGGACCUUACUACGGGAUCAAGGCAAAUUAGCUGA